UGUUUGAUGAAAGGUUGAUGAUCAGACAAGUACAGAGGUUUGAUGGUUUGAUGAACAGAUUGGUUGUCAAAUUUUGUGAGAGUGAGAAAAAAAAAACACAUACAUGGGUACAAACGGCUGGAUAGAAAUUAUAUAGACUAUUGUAAAAAAAGAUGGGUAAUGAUGGUGGGACCAUAGCUAAGAGACAGGACAUCAUUCUGUUACAUCGGGAACUUGAUGCGAAAAACACCGGGGUUAAUGGAUUAGUUGACGGUGAAGGACCCGUGUGUAAGAUCUCGUCGCUCGCAUUUAGUGGAGAAAAAGUUGUUGGGGACUACAAGGGGUUUUUGUAUAUUAAGGAGAAGGUUCUAGAGAAGGUUCUAGAGAAUUUGCGGAAUAAAGAACAAGUCGAAGGUAAGAAGGAGAAUGAUGAAUGUGAGCUUUCCCAUUUGAGGUCUCUCAAUGAUAUAGUUGAGCUCCAAGUGACUUGGCAAGACAACCAGAUGGUUUGUCCUGUGAGUGUUCGCAAGGACGUUUGUUACUUGAGAAGUUGUGGGUGUGUAGUAUCGUUCCGGAUGUUGAAUGAGGUUAAGAAGGCUGGGGAAUCGGAUUCCGUGUGUCCCAGUUGUUCCAAGGAGUUCUCCUACACCCACGACAUCGUUCGCAUGGAUAACUCAGAUGAACGCACUGAAUGGAAUGAACUGAAAAUGAAGCAUUUAAGCGAGGUUCUACAUGUCCAUCAUAACAAGAAGCCGAUCAAGGAGAAGAAGAAGAAGACAAAGAAACGUAGUGGAGAUGUAGAUGGAGAGUCCAGAGCCAAGAAAUCAAAGAAGUAGUAGAGCUCGGUCAUUACCCAGCACUCUGUGGGGC